UGAAUUUAGUAUAUUUAGUUUACUAAAAUUUUACAACUUAACGCUACCAUGGAUUUUUCAUGGUUUACUUAAUAUCAAAUUCAGCGUGUGUCUACUUAUCACUAAGGUAGCAUUAUUUUUAAGAGAGUAAAAUAAGAAACUUGGUUUCGUGCAGUGAGGAAGGUUAGGGUAGGUAAGUGCCUGUGUACAAAUAAAUUUAACAAAAUAAAGUUGUGCAUUGCUUGGCAAAGUUGACCUCCAUGAACAAUGGAACCAUUGUUUCUUUACUGUCGUCAUGCAUACUUCAAAUUUUUAAAAUGACGUAUUACGAGGCUAUUUAAAAAUUAAAAAACUGCGACGCUUACACCACUCGUCCUUCCAGUCGUCCUCCAGCCCUAGACCCAGCUCAACAAAAUUGUAAAAUGACGUUCCUCCGAAUUUCUUCCCUUCUGCUGGUCACCCUGGUGACUUGGGCUCGAGCCGAUUUCAACUUUGGAAUUGCCGAGUUGGAAAAGGAGAUGGGCUACUUUGGUGAGUGUAAAGGCACGAAGAUCAACCUCCCCAUGGAAAGUAUAAACAAGGGCUUCGGCACGGUUCCAUACUGCACCCUGGCCGUCCCCGGAAAAGCGCAGCUUACUAAAGAGUGUGUCGCCCUCUGUGUCGCGGAGCAGAUGGGAUUCGUGGACCCGACCACUCGCCUCUACCAAUUGGACGUGGUGACCAAGGAAUUCUGGGACAGCGUCAACAGCACCGACCCCAACGUCCGUAAUGACAAGUGGAUCAUCGAAAUUCAGGUCGCAGCCAUAAAAAAGUGUGGAGUAGAUCCGAAACAACGCUUCGAGCUCGUAGACGAUUGCAUAGAAGCGCAAAAAUUCGACAAAUGCAUUAAAGAAGCGGCAAGCAAGGAGUGUGGAGCCAAGCCGGCGGAGUAAUAAUACAGAAGUAAUGAUCCACCAAAAUCUUUGUGGGACUCAAUAAUUUCCAAGAAAUUUUUGCACCAAAAUUCAUAAAUAUUUUGAAAAAUAAAUUUUUCCAAAAUUGUAUGUAAUAAUCAUUCGAGGUUAACUUCCAUUGUAAUUUUUUUUAAUGCUUAUGUACUUAUGCGCAUAUUAAUUUGCAUAUAGGUGUAUACAUACAUACGUAUAUGUUUGUAUGCUUAGCGCAUGGAUGCCUAUGUUAAUAAAUAGUGUCAAACGAUCAUAAACAAGUGACGUCAUUCUGUAAAAAUUUGACGCUUGCAUUACAUCAGCCGCCGUCAAAUCGUGGUAAAAUUAACACCAGCCAGUGACUCUUUGUCACCAAGAGGGCAAACUUUAUC